AUGUCGGCAUGGAGCAGUGAGGUGCUGACAUCCUGUGAAGGGUUGGCCACAAAUAGUGAAGGCAGGUACACACAGACGACUUGCCAGGUCGUCCCUCCAAUCACUAGUCACCGGCACCCUGCAGAGAUUGCACGUGCCUCUCUGAGAGCGGUGACCCUCGCGGGAAACCUCGUGGUGACUUCGAUCGCGUGCGUGGUGAUGUUUACCUUCCAUCGGCGAUGCAGGUCGGUGAAGCGGCAAAUCACACUCGACUGGCGCAGCAUCUUCCUCAGCCGUGGAGCCGCUGUCCAGCUGGCAAUCACGAUGGAAUACCUCUCGAAACACAGGAGGUAG